AUGGCUCUCGGCCGGUUAAGAGCAGUCUCCGAUGGUCACCUUGGGACUACAGUGACGAAUAUAUUUGACCGCCUCGAGCUGCGCAACGCUAUGGGUUCACUGUUUAUUGGGGACCUUGGACUGGACAACGAGAAUGAUGAUUCCCGUCUUAGCGAUGACCCGACUGGACACCGGUUGCGUUAUCUGCACCCAUGA